GUGUCUAAUUAAGUUGCCAUAAAUUAGGUGACUAAAUAUCAACAUUUAUUGCGCCAAGUAGAGACUCGGUGGUGAUGUGGUUUAUGCUGUAGGAUUUAAAUUACCAUGGUGCGGACAGACUUGUAUAAAGAUCUGUAGUAUCAUGAUGGUUUUAAGGAAACAGGCUAAGUGUUAUGGAAGGGAAUGAGUUUACCAUUAGAGAGUUGCCACAGGUAAGGGGUGUACACCAACCCUCUGGUGUGUGUCAAACCAACGGCAGUUGAGCCCAGAGGACAUGGCACUGGUUGGACGAUUAGAGUGUGUGUGACCUAUAUUUGAAAUGUGCUGUUAACAGACCGACCCAUAAGCCUCCUUCUUCGCAUGUAGAACUAAAGAGCUUUAAGGGGGUCCGAAAUAACGAGAGACUGUCUUUCAUUAUUAUGUCAACCUCAGUGAUAAUGCCAAAAGGGGGUUUCAUGACAUUUUGCUGUUGAUUUCGAACGCGUCUAUCACUUUAAAGUCUCUCUGAAAGAAACUCAUAGUGUCAACUUCUUAUAUAAGUCUCCAAAAUGUGUCUGUUACAGCUGGCUCAUUUCUACUGCUGUGGCGCCAGCAUUUGCAGAUGUCUGUGCGUUGACAAAAUUAUCAGUCUGUUUGGAAAUUCUAUUCCCUCAAGUGUGGCUUUACGCCAUAAAUCAUUGCCCGACAGUGUUUAAAACAGACUUAUUUCUACACAUUUAAAGGCAUUAAUAAAUGCCUAACGACCUCACACCUAUUUCCAAUUACACUGCAAUAUUUGAAAGAUGCUUGGCUACUGCGGUUAGAGCAUUGCACCAAAGGCUAUUCUACUAAAUUCAUGCUUUGAAACUUUGGGGUUUUCUAAUUUGAGUUGUAGCUGAUUCAAAUGGUGGUCACGCAGCCAAUUGGUACUAUCGACGCAAACAACUGGCACACUCAGAAAGCACAUUGUGAUUUUAUGCACAUCGGCUAUGACAGUAACGUAGUGACUUAUUUGAAUAUCCAGAGAUCCCUCAUGUAGUCCAAUACGCAGGGAUAAACCCCAACCUCUGUGCAAGGUCUCCACCUCCCCCUCCGCGCUCUGACGUCAUGCACCGAGCUGAAGCUAUUGCACGAAAAGAGCUGCUCGCAGCCACACUACUGUGAAUAUCUCUGUGCUCAUUGCCAGGACUGUGGAGUGUGCAAAAGAGAGAGAGAGAGAGAGAGAGAGAGAGAGAGAGAGAGAGAGAGAGAGAGAGAGAGAGAGAGAGAGGUGGAGGGAAUACAGUUGGGUUUGGAUACAACUGGAAAACUACCAAGCGCGCAGAGGACGCACCGAGAGCGGAAGGCACAUCGACGGUCCGUAGCUGAAAUUUCACUCACUCUCCGUCCGCUGCGAUCCAGGCGAGAAUGGAGCUCCCUGCCGCUGGAGAGCACGUCUUUGCGGUGGAGGGCAUCGAAAAGAAGCGCAUCCGCAAGGGCAAAAUAGAGUACCUGGUGAAGUGGCGAGGCUGGUCUCCCAAAUACAACACAUGGGAACCCGAGGAAAACAUCCUUGACCCGCGUCUUCUCGUCGCAUUUCAAAACAGAGAGAGGCAGGAGCAGCUGAUGGGAUAUCGAAAACGGGGGCCUAAACCAAAACAUCUUUUAGUCCAGGUGCCCUCAUUUGCCCGAAGAUCAAGCAUUCCUGCGGGUUUUGAGGAGCCCUCCCAGGAUCCAGAGGGCCGCCUCAGAACAGAGCCCAUCCAGGUACAGCGCUCCCAACCUCAGCAGUACCAGCUGAACAGCAAGAAGCACCAUCAGUAUCAGCCCAGCAGCCAGGAGGUCCCUGCUGACCAGCUGGCCAAUAGCAAGAAGAAGUUCAUCUACCAGCUUAACAGCAAGAAGCACCACCACUAUGAGCCUGACCCCAAUCUGUACGAUGCACAGGCAUCAAGGCUCAAAGAGGUGGUCAAAGUUCAAGAAUUAGCCAGCAAACCAGCCAAUCCUGGCUGGAACUUACCACUGGCACUGCAGCAAAAGUGGGUCCGUGACAAAGACACUGGCUGCUUGAGCAAAGUCAAAGAACUGGCAGUAGAAGUGAGGAAACCCGCAACCAGUGUUAAGGAGGGUGAGAGUGAACAUGCCCUUAAACCCAAUCCUAAAGAUGCAACCCUCCCUAGUACUAUUAGUAGCAAGAUGAAGAUAAUCAAGAACAAAAAUAAGAAUGGACGUAUCGUUAUUGUCAUGAGCAAGUACAUGGACAGUAACAAAGUACAUGGGGCAAAAGGUAAACAUGGAGAAUCAUCAGGUGAAGAGAAAGCCCAACACACCAAACCAUCAGAAAACAAUCCAUUGCACAGAACCAAAAUGGUGGACCAGUUGCACCCAGAGAAUGGUGUCCCCAAAGAGAUCUGUAUUGGCAGUUCCCCCCCUGCUGCAGAGCAUCCCAAAAAGUGUUCUCCAAAGGACAGACAUUUCUCAAAGCCUUCACCAAGCACAGCAGAAGAAUACAACACCGAAGUGGCUCGUGGUCAGGCUGAUUUGCCAGAUGACUUACCCUUACAGUUAACUGCUAGCCCACCUCCAACAUCCUGGGGUAUGGACACAAAUACCCCAACCCCUACAGCCAUUGACCAGAUCAGGAUCCCCUCCUUCUCCAGUGACCGCAAGCGUAAGCUCUCGGAGCCUGUGGAGGAUAGGAGUGUUUCCAAAACGUUCCUGAGUUCCAGAAGCCUCAGUGCUCCGAGCACUGUGGUCACUCCACCUCAGGACAAACCGAUGGACCUCCACUGCAGCGGCCCACGCCACAGCAGCACAUGCACAUAUGACAUUACGGACUCUAGCAGCCAAGAGGAGCCUAUGGAUCUUAGCUGUCCAAAGACCAAGAAGCAGACAGAACCGGAAAUACAACCAGAACCAGAACCCGAGCUGGUCGUUAAAAACCCAGCUCCUGUGACAGAGAACACAGAGAAAUGUACAGAGAAGUCGAAGGAAGAGCCUGUUAAGAAAUUUUCACCUUUUAUGGGAAAUAUUAUAAUCACUGAUAUUACAACAAACAGUCUCACCGUCACCUUCAAGGAAUACGUUUCUUUCUAACAAACCCUUGUUUUGUAAAGUUGGAGUACUAGUGGCAGAUUGGAUGACCCUGUCAAUAUGUGUAUAUGUAAAAACAUAUGAGAAUUUUGUACAUAUGGAAAUUUAUAAUUUAUCAUCCAAAUUCAAUAUGUUUCUUACGAUGUUUUAUACUGUAACUCCUCUGUGCUAUUGUAGCCAAGAAAGUGCCCUCGAGGAUUUGAGUGACUGCAUUCAGGUGGAUGUAUACCACUAGAAAAAUAUCCAUUUAUUUGUCAUAUGGAACUUCAUGGAAUAACUUUUGCUGUUGUUUCAUGCCAGUACCAAACUUAUAGCCUGAGAUGUAUGAAGGUUUAUACAUAUUUUGUAUUUAAUAAUAUUGGUUAUUUUUGAUCCUAAUAGAAGGUAGAAAAGAACUUGUUGAGUGUACGGUGAUCAAAGAUCAAUUUGAAAGCACUUAAUUGCAGUUGCCUGUGCAAGUUGAUUUGUGUCAUGUAUUCAGUUUCUCAUGGAGAAACAGAUGUUCUUCAUAGAUUUUAUUUCACUGCUUCACAGUUUAUUCCAGUCCCGGUCCCCUCAGUCUGAACUGGCAUAUUUCAUUUGAUGUUUUGUUUGUGGCUUUAUUGAAGAGAAUGGCCAUGAAAUGCAAAUUUGAAAAAUAGGUGCGUCUGGCACCAGAGGCAACAGAACAUGAUACAAACACCUGAUCAUAACACUUGGCUGUGCAAACAACCUAUAAAUAAUUUCUCUGUUUGUCAACUUUUUGUCCUUGAGAUGCAACAAAGCCCUCAGUGAAUAUGCUAUAGCACCCCUACCUAUUACUAUAUUGCACUUUUUACCUUUAGUAAACAUUUAAGGAAUAAAGUGUAACAUAGACAGAGUUUCAUCUAUCAACCAUGCCACUUUCCUGUGAGACGACUUAUUGAUUCUUGCCAUCAUUACGUUGUGAUUUAUUACGUUUCCGUGGACCUCAUCUUAUUUUAAGUAUCUAUGCUAGUCUUUUUUGAGUGUCUUAAUGUCACACAGAUUAGCAAUAUUCAUCUCAUUUUACUAUUGAAGUUUAUUGUAUGAUCUGAAUAAUAUAUGUGACCGCUACAUGUUCUAGACCAAGCUACCAGGGUUACUAGUCAUUAACUAGUAUGUUGUACAGAGUAGUUGUAAGGCUGGCUUUUGUAUCCUGUUAAAUGCAAUCCAAUGAGUGCAAGCUAUUUUGAUUAUGCUGCUGAACAUUCAAAUGUGAUAGUACUUUUGUCUUAGAAAACCUGUUGGAUGUAAACUACAUUUGAGUCUAAAUUGCCUUCUACGCACACUUAAUGCAAAAGCCAGUAAGAAUGCUACGAUAAGCAUCUAUAAUACUGAAGAUGAAAAGUGCAUAUUUAUUGACAUUUAAUUUGUUGUUCAAAACAAUUACAAUAUGUCCUCUGCAUCAGAAGCUGCAAAUGAUUCCGAUGAACAGUUUGUCCUUUGAAAGAUGUUUUUGAGGCUGUUUGCUACUGUUUGUCUGUUUUUUUUUUUUUUUUUUUUUUUUUUUUGGAUAUGCUUUGUUCAUUCUUUCUUGCACUUGGUUCACAGUCUGAAUGAUUGUUAUUAAGUAUGUUCUGUAAGGAGCUGGUGGAUUUAAUGCUGUUGGCACAGCUUACUGGAUCGUAUGUUUUCACAAUAAAGAAAGUGAAAUGACCUUU